AUUUAUUAUUUCGCCAAAACGCUUCUACCGAUUUACCCUUUCCUCUUCUCUCCUCCGGAGCCGUUGGGAUUGCAGUGGAAGCAACAAAGACGGCGAAGAGAAACCCUUCGUCCCUCUUUCUCGCCUCCAUCCCUAUCUUCUCCCUGAUAAAGCCCUAAUUCUUUGAUCUUUGCUUGUCUCUAGUCUUUGAUCCUCGGAGAAGAAAGAGGGUAGUAUGAUCAGUCGAUCGGUUGUCGUCAUUCUAUUAAUUUCGAAAACCAUAAGCCUCUAAUCAUGGCAACAUCGUCAACCUCCAUCAACGCCCAAUCGCCGGGCCUCAAGACCUAUUUCAAGACCCCCGAGGGCCGCUACAAGCUCCAAUACGAAAAGACCCAUCCGGCCGCAGUCCUCCACUACUCCCAUGGCAAGGCCGUCUCCCAGUUGACGAUCGCUUAUCUGAAGGAGAAACCGGCCAACCAGACGCCGUCCACGCCGUCGACCCCGAGCUCCGGCGGAGGGGUGAGGUCGGCGGCGGCGAGGCUGCUCGGGGCUGGGAACGGGAGCCGGGCGCUUAGCUUUGUUGGGGGGAAUGGCGUUAGCCGAGUGGUUUCGGGGAACAGCAGGACUGGAGGGUCCCUUGGAUCCUCCAUUGGAUCGAGUAGUUCUCAGUCGACGUCUAAUUACGACGGCAAGGGGGCGUACCUUAUCUUCAAUGCUGCUGACACUCUCUUCAUCAGUGAUCUCAAUUCUCAGGAUAAGGAUCCAAUCAAGUCCAUCCACUUCAGCAACUCCAACCCUGUAUGUCAUGCCUUUGAUGCCGAGUCUAAGGAUGGGCAUGAUUUGCUCAUUGGUCUGCACACGGGUGACGUUUAUUCGGUGUCAUUGAGGCAACAAUUGCAGGACCCUGGAAGGAAGCUUGUAGCAGCUCAGCAUUAUAACAAAGAUGGCACAAUAAAUAACAGCCGAUGCACUUGUGUUGCCUGGGUGCCAGAGGGUGAUGGUGCUUUUGUUGUUGGUCAUGCUGAUGGAAAUCUGUAUGUGUAUGAAAAAAGCAAGGAUGGGACUGCAGAUUGUUCAUUUCCUGUCAUCAAGGAUCAAACCCAAUUUUCUGUUGCACAUGCACGGUCAAGUAAGAGCAAUCCAAUUGCCAGAUGGCAUAUUUGCCAAGGUUCAAUCAACAACAUUUCUUUCUCAACAGAUGAAGCAUAUUUAGCCACUGUUGGCAGAGAUGGUUAUUUGAGAGUAUUUGAUUUCACAAAAGAGCAACUAAUAUUUGGUGGGAAAAGCUAUUAUGGUGCUUUACUAUGUUGUGCCUGGAGUUCGGAUGGGAAAUAUAUAUUGACUGGCGGUGAAGAUGAUCUAGUACAAGUUUGGAGCAUGGAAGACAGGAAGAUAGUUGCCUGGGGUGAGGGACAUAAUUCAUGGGUUAGUGGCGUUGCUUUUGAUUCCUACUGGUCAGCACCAAAUUCAGAUGGAACAGGAGAGAAUGUCAUGUAUCGCUUUGGUUCAGUUGGCCAGGUAAAAAAGAACCAAAACUAUCAUGCUAGCAUCGAACUUUUCAGCUACACUUGUCAUUUAGACAUGAAGAAAGCUUUAAAUAAUAUACAUAUCUUGUAUUUCUUCCAAUUCUGACAAUUGAAUGGGUGUUAAAAUUCAAUAAUCUUGUUUCAGUUGUUGCCUGCAGGCUAAAUGAAUUCUCAUGUGAUUUAUUGUUAUUGAGCAGUGACC